AUGGAAAGUGAAUAUAAUAAUCAAUUACAUUUUGAACAAAAAAAUUAUUUUCUUCGUUUUAAAUUAAAUGAAAAUUUAAAUGGAAAAUUUUAUCAUAUUAACAAACAUAUUCGUCAUGCAUUGGAAUAUUUUGUUGAUGAUUUAAAACAUGAUCAAAAUACAACUAUUGAUCAUUUUCUUAAUCAACAAUCUGUUAAGGAGAUUUUUCUAUGUAUUGCACAAUUAUUAUUAUGUGAGGAUGAUCGUAUUUGUGGUAAUUGUGCUUAUAUCAUAGGUAGUAUAGUUGAAAUGGAAAAAGGUUUGAAACAAUUUUUAUCUACAUUUGCUGAUGAUUAUAUAUCAACAAUAGUUGAUAUUAUACAAAUAUUAUGUCAAAUGUUAACACAUUCAGAUUCUGAUUGUGUAUUAAAUGCAACAGGGACACUCGGUACUAUAUCUGGUUCAAAAGAAGGACGUAAUUUAAUUUUAAAACAUAUUUGUGUUACUCAGUUGAUUUUUAAUAUAUCAACAUUAUUAAAUUCAACUAAUUCAUGGAUUGCUAGUAAUGCAGCAUUAGUAUUUGCAAGAUUAACUGUAGAAGAAGUUGGUUGUCAAAUAAUUUUAACACAUAAUAAACAUAAUGAAAUAUUAAAUCAACUUUUAUCUGCACUUGAUGUUAAUGAUUCUAAUCGUUCAACAAAUAUUGCAUUUGCUAUAGCACGUUUAAUUGAAAGAGAAAGUGGUAAGAAAAUUUUAAUUAAUGAUUGUGGACAAAAUAAAUUUUUUGAAGCAUUAUUAAUAAUGCUUGAAAUAAAUGAAGAUAAAGGUAUUAAUAAAAAUGCUUGUUAUGCAUUAAGUUGUUUAUGUACAAGUCAAUAUGGUUUUCAAUUAUGUAUACAAUCAAUAACAUUAUUUCAUCGAAUACUUAUUGCUAUUGAAACAAUACUUUUAUCAAUGGAACAUGAAACUGUUUGGUUUGCUUUAAUGUGUCUUACAACAAUUGCUAAACAUAUUGGUGCAUAUGAACAUUUAUGUUAUUCAAAAAAAUUAUUAGGAAUAAUAAAACAAGUACAAGAAAAAUGGAUUGAUUUUAAAGAUAUACAAGAUGAAUCGAAAUUACUUUGGUUUAUGUUACAAAAAAAUAUUAAACCAAAUCGACCUAAAAUUGAUGAAUGUCGAGAAACUUCUGUUGAUAUUUCUUGGGAUUCAUAUAUAUCAAUUGAAGAUGCAAAUAAAAUACAAUAUCGUGUUAUAUUAGAUGAUGUUCCUAUUAUAAAAACAAAUAAAACAAAUUAUUCUAUAAAUAAUUUAAAAUCGAAUACAAUUUAUAAUGUAAAAAUUCAAUAUAUAACAACACAAGGUGAAAGUAUUCCUAGUGAUCCAACUGUAUUUCAGACGGAUGAUGAAUUACCACCACCGGUCAUUAAUCUUCAUGUUGUCCGUACAACAAUGACAGCUGUUCGUAUAGCUUGGGAAUCACCUAAUCUUAGUGCUUGUAAUUCAUUCAAAGGUUAUCAAAUAUAUUUAAAUGAUAUUGAAUAUGAAUUUACUGAUCAAUGUGAAAUUACAAUUAAUUCAUUGACAAUUAAUACAAAAUAUAAAAUCGAUGUAUGUGCAGUAACUCUGAAAGGAAAAGGAUUAUGUACUUCAAUCAAUGUAAAAACUGAUGGUGUUGGUGAUUGUCUUCCAGAACCACCAACAUUUUCAGUUAUUGGUCGACGUGAUUUACAUAUAAAAUGGCAAACACCAGAAUUUAUGUCUGGUCGAUUAUUUCGUUAUGAACUUAUUUGUAAUGGUCGAUGUAUUUAUUCUGGUAUAGAACUCGAAUAUCAUGCAACAAAACUUAAAUCUAAUACAGAAUAUAUAAUAGAAGUCGUUGUAAUUACUAAUGAAGGUCGUUUUCGUAGUCGACCAGCAAAAAUUCGAACAUUAAAAGAUGAAUUUCAAAGUACUGUUCGUCAUUCAUUUUAUGAACGACCAACACAAAGUCCAAUUAAGUUUAAACGUGCAAAUACAGUUGUUUCACGAAAACUCUCACCAAAUAUGGAACGACGUAUAACAAAAGAAAUGCCUGUUAUAAAUCAAAAUGUACAAAUUACUACUGUUCGUUCUGUACAAUUGAAAUCAGACAUUCCAUCAUAUAGUCGAGCAUUACCUGGUCUAUGUCGAAAUGUACAAUCACGUCCUAGUCAUAGUCGAGGUUUGUAUAGAUCUAAAACAGAUUUAUCUUUACAACAAAUAUCAGCAACUGUAAUUGUUCCUACAUUUGAAAUUAAUCAUCAUCCACAAAACAAUUAUUUAAAACGACCAAAAUCCUAUCGAUAUCCUUUAACUACAAAAUCACUUGAACAUUCACCAUCAAUUUCAUUAAAUGAUUCAACAUAUGGUUUACGACGAAUUAGUUGA